GUUGUUAGUGUUGCCACCUUUUCAAUAAUCGCUGACCCGGACGGAAGAUCGGGUUUGUUUGAACAGAAGUUCCUGACGUUUGCGAUGCCAUUUUACAAUUUGAAGAAUAACAUGCAUGCCGGUUCUAAAUCAGUUACAGUUAGGGACUAGGGACUUGCAUACGAGUAACGUAAGUAGCCCUAAAUUAAGAAAGAACGGGUAGAGAUGACUUAGCUCUAUUGGGUAUUGGAGAUGUGUACGAUCUUACGUGCAAAAAUCAAAAAAAAGUCGACAGGUUGCGUGCCACACGUCUGCAUAAACAGACUAACAUGGAACAAUUGCAGAUGAGUUUCGAGACCUUCAGGACAAGGAUUUUUUUUCUAAAUCGGAUCCGAUGUGUGUGAUGUUUGUCAAAGAGGGGCUGAACAAUGAAUGGCACGAGUACGGCAGAACAGAAGUCAUUUGGAAUAACUUGAAUCCUGAUUUUUCACAGAAAUUUGUCAUUAAUUAUUAUUUUGAAGAAAGACAGAUGCUGAAAUUUGAAAUUUAUGACAUUGAUAGCAACAGUCCAAGUUUGAGCAAACAUGAUUUUUUGGGAAGGAUGGAAGUCUCUUUAGGAGAAAUAGUCUCAUCACAUGGAUCACAAGUAGAAAGACAAUUAUAUAGUGGAGGAAAGAGUUGUGGAAAAAUAAUAUUUGUAACUGAAGAGGUAACAAGUUCAAGAGAAGUGGCAACGAUGCAAUUUUGUGCUAAAAAACUUGACAGAAAGGACUUUUUUGGACGAUCGGAUCCUUUUCUGACUAUUAAAAGAUGCAAUGAAGAUAGUAGUUACACUGUUGUUCAUAGAACAGAAUUUAUCAAAAGAACAUUAAACCCAGUUUGGAAACCAUUCUCUAUACAUGUUUCUACACUGUGUAAUGGUGAUUAUGACCGAAUGUUAAGAAUAGAAUGCUACGACUGGAAUCAAAGUGGAAAUCACAACUACAUUGGAAGCUUUGCAACAAAUUUAAGGACUUUGGCAUUGGGUCCUGGUCCAAACAAUGAAUAUGAGUGCAUCAAUGAAACAAAAAAAGCCAAAAAGCGAAGAUACAAACAUUCAGGAAUGAUUAACUUAAUGGGAAUUGAAGUAGUCAAUCAGCCAACUUUCUUGGAUUAUAUACAAGGAGGGUAUGAAUUAAUUAAUUUAAUAUUUAUUAAAAAUUAUAAUUAUUAAUAAUGAAUUAAAAUA